CAGGCGCUCGGAGGCUGGGCGCGCGUUUUCCAGCUCGACGAGUCUCGAUCGCCGGCAGCCGUCACCCGGAGCUCCGUCCACACAGCGGCCAUGGCGAGCGGAAUGAACGGCUUCCUGUACGACAUGGAGGAGUCCAACCUCUCCCGCAUCGACUACGAGGGUCCGGAGCCAUUCCAGCUGUUCCGGGAGUGGCUGCAGGACGCGCGCAAGGCCCUCGCCUUCCCCGACGCGCUCUGCCUCUGCACACAGUCCCGCAGCGGCGAGGUGAGCGCCAGGACGGUGAUCCUGAGGCGGCUGGAGGAGGACGGCUUCGUGUUCAUGACGGACAGCCGCAGCAAGAAGUCCCAGGACCUGCUUGAUGUGCCAAAGGCCUUCCUUACUUUCUUCUGGGGCUACAAGAAUAAUAGCGACGAAGUCAUAUCCAGACAGGUGAAGGUGAUGGGCGCCGUGCGACAGCUAGAGCCCCAUCAGUACUCAGACCUGUACGACCGAGAGCCGCUGUUCUGCAAGCUGCGCUCGCACAUCUGCCACCAGGGACAGCCUGUGGACUGGCAGGACCACAAGGCCUCGCACGACGCCCUGCGCGACCAGGUCCGUCGCGGGGUCAAGAAGCUGCCCAUGCCUGACCAUGUGGUGGCGUACAAACUGAUCCCUGAUGCUGUAGAGUUCUACUUCGCUAAGGCGAACAGCAUAGGAGACAGACUGAGCUUCAAGAAGGUAGAUGGCAUGUGGACAGUCCGACGACUAAUGGCAUGAAGAAGCAUGAAUUACGACAACCCGUCCAUCGACGAAGUAUCCUCCUUUUCUUAAACUAUACACAUUACUUGCAGAAUACCAUCACUUGCAGAUCUCAGAAUAUUUGAGAAAAAAUAAAGUUAACAAUAUUGAAUUAUGAUUUUACUGCCAUCUUACAUGUUUUCAGCAAAGUUAAAAAAAAAUUGUGAUAACUGCAGCAGUGUAUGAAGCAUAACAUGUUUAAGAUAAUUAGGAAUGAUAAAGUGAUACUUUUCCGCCUUACAACAGUUACAACUGUAAGUUCCUGUUUUAUUUUUACACACAGUGAAAAUUGUUGAGUAUCUAUGCCAAUAUUUCCGCCUUGGUUAUUGAGACAUGUCGAGAAUGAAUACGCGAAAUAUUAGGCCGGACGUUGUGAUGCAUUUCAUUCUAAAGGAAAUGACAGUAAAAUUGAACUAUUACGAAGAAUAGCAAGAUAGACAUAGCCUUAUCGCUAGUGGGAGGUGGAAGUUGCCGAAAGCCAUUUGACUUCCUAGAUCUACUGCCUCAUACUUGUCCUCGCUUCCUUGCAUUCCGUUUUCCCAUACCCACUUCUACAGCCGAUACCACCUGAGAUACACACCUAACUCUGACUCCAUAUCGGUUACAUGAGCUAUCCUUGACAUUCAAACACAUGUUAGACAGGAAAAAUUAAGGUGUAUAAGUUUCAGUAGGUACUGUACUUAUCUUUCCCGUUACGAGACAUCAGGAACCUACGCAAUAUGGCCAUAUUCAAACGACUACAUGCAAGUUUUUUUUUGUGGUGAAUAUAGUAAGAAAAGCUACUAAGUUUAUAAUUUAUACCAACAGUAUGUCCCUGUCGCAACAUAACCGAGAUUAAUUUGUUUUCUUACUUGUCGCUGUGAAAGAAAAAACCUCCUCUCCUGAUCGGAAUUUAGAAUGUUGUAUGAAAUAACAUUUUAUAAACAAGAAACAACAAGAAAAUAAUUACUUUCUGGACAAAAGACACCUCCCCUCCUCUUUUGUCAUUUGACAUACUUCUCAAGUACUGCCCUUUCAAAGCAAUUUUAACGUAGAUUUUUAUUAAUCUUUCACUAUGUUUAAAAUGGCUAUGAUAACUUUACAGAAUUUUUUUGUUUCAUUAGAAACAAUGUACGAUGAUUUCCAAAUAACUGGAAAAUCUGGCGAAUUAAGGUAAGUUUUGGCCAAUUUUGAAGGUCAAGGUCAUCCAAGAUGGUGCCGUGACGUCACAAAUCCAAGAUGGUGGUCAACUCCAUGCUUCACCGCCUGCCCAUUUACAUACACUUACACAUCUCCUUAAAUUUUACUAUGAAUUUUUAUUAUUCAUCGAAACACAGCUCUAUACAAAAAUAAUAACCAGUAAUCAGAUUGUAACAAAUUAUCUCAUGUUUCCUUUAGUCGUAACGGAGGUAACCAAUGAGCUGUGGGUCAGACAAAAUGUUAUGCAUUAAUUAUUGGAAUCAAAACAGCAUUUCAACUUAAUAUUUUUAAGUUUUUCUUUGCGGUACUACAGUACGAAAUAACUUUAAGAGGCUGUAAAACAAAUAAUUACUCGACCUCUGGUAAACGGGUUUGUUAUUUGUGGUUUAAAUGGCUUCCUGGUCCAAAUACGUGGAGUUUAUUGGCUCAUGGCGAGAGCAUGAUUGUUUGUGGAUGUUGAAAGUAAUUAUCAUCACAAUAACGUAAAGAUAAAUACAUGCUUCGCUGCAAAAUCAAGCUUCCAACUUUCAGGACUGACAUGGUUCCGACUGAUCUUCAGCGGGGCGAUCUUUUGGGACGGAAAGCUCCACUGAUCCUGCAAGGGACCUGUAGCCGUCACAUCGAACAAUAACUACGUAGCUCGUGGUACAGUACCUUCGUCACGUACAUGUGUCGAUGUGUGUUACCAUUUUGGGACCCUGCCGCCUCGGCAAUGUGCUGGUCAAAACACUCACCUAAAAUACUUAACUGGUGCGUUAGAAUUUAUCAUUGGCCAUGAGUGUAUAUUAAGCUUGUUAUUUGGCUUGUUAUUAAGCCUUCUUCAACUUACCCUUCAGCGUGAUGUUUGGAUGCUGAUAUACUUCAACAUAAAUAUAAUCAUUACAGCUCUGUUCCUAUUUUUAGCAUGACUUUGUGGCAUUCCAACUUUUACCUCCCUCACAUCUUUUCAUUAUACAUUUCUUGACAUGCCUCUUAAUUAACUAUUCAUAGGUAUAGACAAAGUUAUCUUUAGUAGAAAGGUUUUUAGAAUAGGAGGAAAUCUAUGCAUUUUCGAAACCUUGAAAAAUUAUAUAUUUGUCAUCAGGUUAUUGUGAUUGGCAGCAUUGUUAUAAGUCUAAAUGUUUUUUUUAAUAAGAAUGUUAGGAAUGUCUGUUUUUUUUAUAAAAUUAUGAUAUAAUGUUUUUGGCGUUUUGUGUGCUUCUAGCACGAUGUAUCCGCCUUAUUUGACAGUCUAAAUGUUAUGAAUAACACAUUUAGUAAGAUUAUAUUAUGUUUAGAAGUUGUAGAAUAUUAUAUGUCCUCAGGGUUUUGUUGUACCCCCAGCACAAUGACCGCCUUAUUUUAUAGCCAAAAUGUUUUACGAAAUAAGACUUUUAUGUAGAAAAUUAUGUUUAGGAAAUUUAAAAAAAAAAAAAAAGAUUUUAUGUCUUCGGGGUUUUGGUGUGCCCUAAAUAACAUAAAAAAAUCGAAAUAAAUGAAUGUAUUCAAAAGUAAGGUGACAUGGUGUAGAAUAUGAGAAGGUAAAUGAGGAACGUGUGCACAUUUAAAGUUAGGUACAGCAUAUAAUUAUGCAUUUUUAGUACUAUAAAUUUUACUUGCAAGGUGAACGUUACACACACACUAUAUAUAUAUAUAUAUGUAUAUAUAUGUAUAUAUAUGUGUGUGUAUAUAUAUAUAUAUAUAUAUAUAUAUAUAUAUAUAUAUAUAUAUAUAUAUAUAUAUAGUAAAUUCCAGCUAAAUUCUUGCCCGACUCAGUUGUAAACGAGACAUUAUUGGAUUUUUUUUUCUUCCGCAAUAUUUAGUUAUUGAAAAAUUACCACGGUUUUUUUUGUUAACACUGGAACAUCUCUCGAUAGAUACCUUUUAAUGCGAUUGUAUGUUACAAUGCGACAUCCAUAGUUAGCAGUUUAUUAAAGGCCUAAACACACUAACCAUAAUUAAUUUGAUUUUCUUCAUCAAACGUUAAGGGAAUUAAAUAUUUUUCAGUGAAAUUAGUAGCUUACAGUCCAUCUCGGGAUAGGCCAUUCAUGUCUUAACAUUCGAAGCGACCGGACUAUAUAGUGCUCUGAUCGGCGGAUGCCACGUGCAAGAACACCGUAAAACACACAGUCUGGUAGCCAUCACGCUUAGUCGUGACUGCUGCUUACGCAUGGGGUACACAUUUCGUUACUCAUCAACACGAGAAGCAGCGUAUAUGGAUUUUUUUUUACAUCGAGAGAAUUUUUGAGAAAAAUUGGGAAUAUUUUAUUUUUUCAAACACUUGACUGUAACAAAAUUUGAGGAUAUAGUGACACAGAUUCGUUUAAAAGACAACGGUAAGACUUCCAGAGAAACAAAAAAAAAAUAAACGGAAAAACACACAGAAACCAUGACAAACACUCCUGAAAUAUAUAUUGUUUCGUUUACAUAUACAUAUGAUUUAUAUAAAUAUUUCAAAACUAGCUAGUGCUCGGCAUGCAAUGCCUCAAUCAUUUUUAUAAUUUGUUUGAAGUAGGUACACAAAUACAAAGCAUCUCUCUAUUCCUCUCUAAUUCUCUAUCUCUCUAUAUCUCUCUACAAAUAUAUAUCUAACUACCUCUCUCUAUCCCAAUAAAUACCAGCCUCUCUCGUUGUCUGGUGUAAUUGUUACCUCAACUGCAGCCGCUCUCGUGGUCUAGUGUAACUGUCACCUCAAUUGCAGCCGCUCUCGUGGUCUAGUGUAACUGUUACCUCAACUGCAGCCGCUCUAGUGGUCUAGUGUAACUGUCACCUCAAUUGCAGCCGCUCUCGGUAGAUGCUCCCGGCAGGAACAUGCUGGAAUCUGUUCACUUACACCACAGGCAUAUCAUAGCAGCAUACCAAAAACUUUGAAAAAAUUAUUUUGCCUUUCCAUACUAAUAACUAGGAUAUAGGUAUUGGUAUAUUUAAAUAUAAGCAUUUGACAUAAAUUAUCAUUGGCAUGUUAUGUUCACCUUUUAAAGUAGUAUAAGUAAUUUUAGCAUAUUUGUUUCCCUUUUAUGCAAAGCAUAUUAUGUGUAUUAUGUACUUAGAUAAACUCCGUAUGGUUAUAAAAUUCUUAUUUUUCACUAUGACCAUUUAAUAUAAAAGCUUGUAAUUAUAAGUUUUGCAUUCAGUUCUACGACUGGAUUCUAUUGUAUGUAUGUUUUGGAAUGAUUUUGUGGUCAUUGCACUUUAAGGUAUGCACUUUCCUCAUUUAUCAAGUUGUGCAUAUAGAAGUGAUUAUUAAAAACCUUAUCCAUAGUAAAUAUUUUUGAUCCUAUUCUGAUGAUAUGACAAAUAUUGUUAAUAAGUUGUUUAAUGCUUUUAAUCGGAAUAUAGGUAUGUAUUGUAAUUGUUUAAUUUAGUGGAAAUGAAAUAACUGCAGGGCUAUGUAUGACAUAUUUUGUAUGUUUUAAACUAACUGUUAUGCACGCCUUUACAAUAAAAUAAAGUCUUGAUUUUUUUUACUUCACCUUA